AUGUUUCUUUCGCGGCUGUGGCUUCUGACCGUUGUCGGAGUAGUUUCCCUGGUUAAAGGGACUUUUGUUGAGAUCGGAAGUCGAAACUAUUAUAUAGAAACCAGAGUGGAGAAGAACUGGUUUGAAGCCUUUCAAGCUUGUCGUCUGCUAAACGCUGACCUUGUAUAUUUUGAAUCCUUCGCUGAAUGGCGCUUAGUUGAUGAAUAUCUUUGGGACAACAACUUGGAUAAUGUCUAUUGGACCUCCGGCACCGACUUGGGGAACAAGGGCUACCAUGUUUGGUUCUCAACUGGCAAGCCAAUAGUACUUGAUAUUUGGAAACCCGGAGAACCAAAUAAUGAUGAAGGCAUUGAACGAUGCGAUGAAAUGGGUUGGAGAAGGAAUGUAACAAAUAGUCACAGAUUAAACGACAAAAAAUGUGACUCUAACAGAAGAUUUAUAUGCAAAGCACGUUAAUAUGUUCAAAAUUUAAACAAAUAAAGUAGAUUUAUUAAAUAACUUA